AUGUUUGACGACGAUGGCGAUGACGACUCCGAAGACGAAUUCUCCUCCAGCGCCGCAAAACGACCAGACGACAACUCACAGCCACAAGCACCCGCAGCUGCGCCCAAAGCGAAGUUCUCUGAUCCAGACACCCUUAAGCAAUACUACGGACGACUUUGUCCCUUCAGAGAGCUGUUCCAAUGGUUGAAUCACUCAGCAACCCCGCAGCCAGAUUUCCAGAAUCGAGAGUUCUCAUUCUGGCUGCCAGAGAAUAGAGUCAUUCGAUACCUGGCGUUUCCCUCUGCCGAUCUGCUUCGAAAGGAGUGCGUGCAGAUGGCUCCAGAACGUUUCGAGAUAGGGCCGCAAUACUCGAUCAAUCCCAAAGACAGGAAGACGUUGAAGAAAGCGUCUGCCUUUAAGCCGGUCAUGAAAGAGCUGGUCUUCGAUAUCGAUAUGACAGAUUACGAUCCGAUUCGCACGUGUUGCUCAGGCGCCAAGAUCUGUAUAAAGUGCUGGCAGUUCAUUGUUAUGGCCAUCAAAGUGGUCGACACCGCCCUCAGAGAAGAUUUUGGAUUCCAGCAUAUCAUGUGGGUUUAUUCUGGACGAAGAGGUGCUCACGCCUGGAUCAGCGACAAGCGAGCACGAGAGAUGGACGACAGCAAGCGCAAAGCUAUUGCCAACUACCUUGAUGUAGUCAAAGGGAACGAGAACAGCAAGAGAAGCCUCUUCAGGCGGCCUCUGCACCCACAUUUGGAAAGGAGUUUGAGAAUAUUGAACCCAUACUUCACGAAAGACGUUUUGGCCGAGCAAGAUCCAUGGCAGUCUGAGGAAAGAAGCGAGAAGCUCCUCGCUUUGCUUCAGGAUCAGACCUUGACAGCAGCGUUGAAGAAGAAGUGGGACUCUUCAGCGGAUCGAAGCUCCAGCCAAAAGUGGGCAGACAUCGAUACGCUGGCUGAGGCAGGCCACUUGUCCAUGGAUCCUCGACGACUGGUCGACAACAAGCAAGAUAUCAGAUUGGAGUACACGUACCCUCGACUGGAUGCUGAGGUCUCCAAGAAACUGAAUCACUUGCUCAAAUCGCCUUUCGUCAUUCAUCCUGGCACGGGACGAGUGUGUGUACCCAUAGACAUGAGGCGUGUAGAGGACUUUGACCCCUUCUCGGUGCCCACCGUCUCUGAUCUACUCGAAGAGAUUGAUCAAUGGGAGAAGAAGCAAGGUGCCAACAUGAGCAGCGAAGAGAAAGUCCAGGUCAAGGACUGGCAAAAGACGAGCUUGAAGCCAUACAUUGACUAUUUCAAAGGCCAUGUGAACAGUAUUCUGAAAGAGGAGGGACGAGGGAAGCGCGAGCGAGAGGAAGACAGUAUGGAGUUCUAA